CCCAGAUCACCAAACGAUUCAAAGAAUCGAAAUGCAUGAAAAUAGUAAGAAAGAGUGCCGUGGGAUAUUCCCUGCCGAAAUGGUGCCCAAAUGGCACCGUGGUUGAAACGAAAUGAACCAAGGGCUAUUCUCCACCACAUUCUUAUCCUAUAUAAAAAGCUAGUCCAUCUCCGACUCAAAGAAUUUCUCAACAGUUGAUUGGCUCUAAAGCGCACGCAGCAUCUGAUGCUUUCUGCUCUGCUAUCUCUCUCAAAUGCAGACUGAAUUCAUGCACGGAAGCUCUUGUCAUGGACUCCGUGACAAUAACACCCAUGCUCUGUUCUUUCAACUUCAGCUUCUCAAACCCCCAAAUCAAGCCUAUCUACUCCACGAGCUUCUCGUUCUUUAGGUUCACCCACUUCAGAAAAUUGAGGACCUCUUCGAUCACUUUCUGUUAUAGAAGUGAUUCAAAUCCUAAAAAACAGAAUUCCAAGUUCAGUAAUCGAGUUUUUCCCCCAAACCCUAUCUGGGUUUUGUUUCCAAUCUUGCAAAGCAUCAAAAGCUUUGCCGCUUCACAAACCCAGAAAUGGGUUUCAUGUGUUCAAGCUUGUAAUGAUUCAGAGAAGAUUAUGGAUGAAAUUAGCGGUGGAUAUUUGCAAAAUGGAGGGAUUGGAGUUGCUUUAUUGAGUGUUACUUCGAAUGCGAAGGUUCGGAUUAGUCCUUUCGUGGCGACAUUAUCCGCGAACCCGACGUUUGUCUCGGGUUUGUUCGCGUGGUUCAUAGCGCAGUCAAUAAAGAUGGUCUUGAAUUUCUUUGUAGAGAGGAAAUGGGAUUUGAGAAUACUGUUUGCUUCUGGAGGAAUGCCCUCGUCGCACUCAGCUUUGUGCACGGCUUUGACGACCUCGGUGGCGCUUUGUCAUGGCGUGGCGGAUUCGCUGUUUCCGGUUUGUUUGGGGUUCAGUCUGAUUGUUAUGUAUGACGCAAUCGGUGUGAGGCGGCAUGCUGGGAUGCAAGCUGAGGUUCUCAAUAUGAUCGUUGAGGACUUGUUUCAAGGGCAUCCUAUCAGCCAAAGAAAGCUCAAGGAACUUCUUGGCCACACUCCAUCACAGGUCCUUGCAGGAGCUGUGCUUGGCAUUGUGGUAGCUUGUAUCUGUUGUCAGGCUUCCUUGGUUCCAACGUAACCUGCUCCUGCACUCUGCAAGCAAUUUUUGUCAGAUUGUGUCGUUGGCAUUGUACCAUGCUUGGAACCGCGGUGGCUAAUUAUUUGUGGCCUGCUGAGUUACUUGUGUUUAAUUAUCCUAUUGUAACUGCAGGACAUUGGAAUUCCAAAACUCAAAUGAGAAGAAAGAAGUUUUUUUUUUUUUUUUGCUUUUAGGAAAAUGAUUUCAUAAGAUUUCCUGGUUCUUAACCCAAAUUUCUGACUCUUGCUAAGUCCGGGCACUUCAUAAGUAUAGGUUAGGUUUAAAGAAUGCAGACUUGGAAGUGUUUCUUUCAUGACCAUCCAAAGUUGGUAGAUCAUAUUUAUUGCCUAAAAUAAUUGUUUUGUGCUCCAAUCUAUCUAAUAUAGU